AAUGAGCCUACUUCUAAGGAAUAAAUUGAUACUCUCCAGCUAACUGCGGCAAAUUGCAAGCUGUCGUCUCUUGGAACUGUCACACUCUCGAUGUUUGAGUCACGUCCGCACUCCCCACAGAGCUAAACCAACUCCUCCCCACACCCACCUCUCCCAAACUCCCACAAAAAUGAAGAUCCUAAAAGCCCAAACCGCCCUCCUCACAAACUGGGAAGUGGCCCAAAUCCUCAAAACCGAAGCCGCCGAAUACAGCGGCAGUGACGGCACCGCCCGCGAGCGCAAACCCCCACAAAACCUAAAAGACAUGAUGACAGGCGCCUCCCUCUACCUCACCCGCCCAACCCACCCCUUCAACACCCCCACCUCGACCUACACCCCCACCUCGGUCGCGGGGACCGCCUCGCUCAUGGCGCGGCUGUCGCCAAAGUACAAGCUCACCAAGGCCGAGUACAUCAUGCUGCUGAACCUGCGGCCGGUGAACAUCAUCGAGUUCGAGAUGGUGGUUGAGGAGGCGGGCGUGCGGUUUGCCGAGAGCGAGCAGUGGGAGAUUCUGGAUGUGAUCAAGGAGGUGCUGGGGCAGAUGCCGGAGAAGGUAGAGCAGGCCGCGCAGGCGCAGGCACAGGCCAAUGGGCAUUAGAGGUGAUGUGGUGGGGGUGGGAGGCACGUGGGAGGCAGGCAGUGUGAUGGUGUUAAAGGGUUUCUUUUUCAUAUAUCUGGAGGCUAGCUAUGACGAUAGGUUUCGCUCAUA